AUAUUCGACUCUUGUUUGUUUGGGUUCUCUCUCUUCUGGUCCAUUGCUUAUUAAUAUUCUCCUUUUCCAGGUUUGGUAGGCGGCACCUCCAAAUCGGACUCUUCCUUUGUUCUUCUUAUUCUUUUUUUCCAAUUCCCUAUUCCUCAAUUUAUCCAACACCUUCUCCUCAAGUUUCCCGAAACACACAUAACUAAAAUACGUUCCUUAACAUCUGCCACUCUGGUCCGUUAAGAAAGGAAAAGUCCACGCACCCUUUUUCCCUCCCAUCACCCAUCAUUGAAAAUCACCCCAAGUUUCGUUUUUGAUCUUCUGUGGUUGCUUCGAUUUCAAUUGGGUAUUGAGAAUGUUUAACGGUAUGAUGGAUCCCGAGUUGAUCAGGAUCGCUCAGGAACAGAUGAGUCGCAUGUCACCCGCCGAGUUGGCUCGGAUCCAACAACAGAUGAUGUCUAAUCCGGAGCUGAUGAGGAUGGCCUCGGAGAGCAUGAAUAACAUGAGUGCUGAAGACUUUAAACAUGCUGCUGAACAGUUAAAGCAUACACGUCCCGAAGAAAUGGCGGAUAUUGGUGAGAAGAUGGCCAAUGCAACACCUGAUGAAGUAGCAGCAAUGCGUGCCCGUGUUGAUACCCAGAUCAAAUAUCAAUUAAGUGCGGCUGAGACGUUGAAGAAGCAGGGAAAUGAAUUUCAUAAUCAAGGAAAAUUCAGUGAUGCUCUGAAGAAGUACAUGCUUGCUAAGGAAAACAUUAAAGACAUUCCAUCUUUCCAAAGUAGAAAGCUUCUCUUGGCAUGCUCUCUCAACUUGAUGUCCUGUUACUUGAAGACAAGGCAGUUUGAUGAAUGCAUAAAAGAAGGUUCUGAGGUUUUGGCAUAUGAUGCAAAGAACCUUAAGGCUCUUUAUCGAAGAGGUCAAGCAUAUAAGGAACUAGGUCUACUAAGAGAUGCUGUUACUGAUUUAAGUAAGGCACUUGAAGUGUCCCCUGAUGAUGAUACAAUUGCAGAGCUUUUAAGGGACACCAAGGAACAGUUGGCAAAGGAAGGUGGUGACUGUGCACCUGGAAGGCUGGUAAUUGAAGAAAUAACUGAUGAAGUUGAGGCUGUACCUUCUGGAAACAACAGAAGCCCUUUGGAACAAUCAGUGGUUCAACCAAAAAAAUAUGGUGACUCCUCUGAGAGUAGCAGUACUACUAACAAUGGAAAUAAAAAAACAAAUGCAGACAGUUUAGAUUCAUUGAAAAAAGAUCCAGAAGCUGUCAGAUCAUUCCAAAACUUCAUGUCAAAUGCUGAUCCUGCCACACUGGCUUCUUUGAACACUGGACAAUUCAAAGAUAUAUCUCCAGAUAUGAUUAGAACAACCUCAGACAUGAUUGGUAAGAUGUCACCUGAGGAACUUCAAAAAGUGCUUGACAUGGCUUCUUCAUUUCAAGGGGACAAUCCAUUAUUUAGAGGAGGUUCCCCUGCUUCUCCUUUGAACGCUGGAUCAAUUCCUCCCAAUGUGACACCUGACAUGUUUAAAGCUGCGAGUGAUAUGAUAAGUAAAAUGCCUUCAGAUGACCUAAAGAAGAUGUUUGAAAUGGCAUCCUCACUGAGAGGGAAAGAAUCUAUGCCAUUGUCUGUAGACGAGAUUGAAAGAAAUGUUUCCCAUUCAAACUUCCCAUCAUCAAGUACUAAUGCUUUUGGGGAAUCAAGUGCUCCACGUAAUGCAUUUUCAAAUAUGAGAAAUUCUUCUCAAUCAAACUUCCCUUCCUCAAGUACUGAUCUACAAGAACAGAUGAGAAACCAGAUGAAAGAUCCGGCUAUGCGACAGAUGUUCACGUCAAUGAUUAAAAAUAUGAGCCCAGAGAUGAUGGCAAACAUGGGUGAGCAAUUUGGUGUCAAGCUUUCGCCAGAAGACGCAGCAAAAGCUCACAAAGCCAUGUCAUCCUUAUCACCAGAGAGCUUGGAUAAAAUGAUGCUUUGGGCAGACAGGAUUCAAAGAGGAGUUGAAUCUGCACGAAAGACGAAGAACUGGCUGCUAGGGAAACCGGGCAUGAUCUUUGCGAUAUGCAUGCUCAUUUUGGCUGUCAUUCUCCACCGGUUGGGCUUCAUUGGUGGCUAGAAUAAGGGGCAGGCAUUAUAUGAGACUCCUGAAAGGUUCAACCUUCAAACUCAGGCAUAGCCUUCUUUUUGUGGUUAGAUGAUUGAAUGUGUUGUCUCAGCAAAGUAACUAUGAAGAGAGGAGGGGACAUACCAUUGGUUAUUUGGAAAGCAAUGCCAAAUUGGCAUCUCAUUAGAUAUGUAUGUCCAAAUUGAGGAGGAUGUGAUGGGCACUCUUUCUGUAAUAUAUUUGCUUUUGAGUUGUUUGCCAUUUAGCAUUGGCAGUGACCCUACCAUUCAAUUAAUCCAUUACUUUUUGUCAUUCUUAGGUCCUAUCUCCUAAACCUAGUGCUUCAAACAGUCAGCCACCUUGCUUCAAGGUUUGGGAAGAUUCUUUCUACGUAAUUUAUAAGAUUUUACAAAAUUCUAUUUUUUGUUUUCCUCACAUAUAUAAAGCUAUUAAUUUAAAGAUCUAAUUUUAACU